AAGAAACAAACUGGACUGGAUACCCCGAAUGUUAGCGGUUCUUUGGACUUAAGCGACAAGCACCACAUUACAUUCUUCUAUGCAAACCUGGUGGAUGAGGACCCUGACACUAGUGCACCUGAUCUUCUGGACAAAUUACUGAUAAAAGGCUCCGGGCGGAGAUCAACGCCUUCUGCAAAUCCCUAAUAAGCAAAGGCUAACGCGAGACGAGGCGAGGCAAGACAAGACAAGGCAAAGCAUCUCAAAGCAUCUCAGUGACACUCGAUUUUCAAAAGUGAUCCGGGCAAAAGCCAUGUGUGUCGCGACGGCGGCAACUUGGUCACUCUCUACCUAAUAAAUCACGCCGUGGCCAGCCUACCUCUCUGUAUGUCGAGAUAUCAUCGUCAUGGACGGGUCCUUGGUCAUGCCGGAAGACCAACAACUCGAUCCCCCAGCCAGGAUCUUCGAACGGCUCCGACAGUUAGGCGGUUUUACCUGGGAUGAAUCGAGAAAGCCGUUUCAUUCAAGCUAUGACAACUGGCAUAUAUACGGCACAAGAUUUAUAUCGCCUUAUUCAACCACCACGACAACGCCCUUGCAAAACCUAGGCUCUCCGCCCUCCAUCGCCAAAUUAGCCUCGAGUCGCAUAUCGCCUGGCGACGUCCACGUCGGCUUCCUUUCCCAGAGCGAAGGCAGUAGCGAACGUUCGUCCGCCUCCCCCCCUGCUUUUACCAGCCUUGCCUCCGAUCUAUCGAACGUCGAGGAACAACAGAUAGUUGCGCGGGUAUCCUACCACGUCCUCCGCGAGGAGAGGACAUUUCACAUUGCUAAGAGCCUGAUCGCCACCGCCGAUCCGGAAGGGGUCCACAAUGUGAAACCCAUCGACCUCCUACGCCUGAAUCCGCAACCCGGUGAUCGUGCGCCUAUAAUUGUGGCUAUUUAUGAGCAUCCCGGAGAGAACUACCUAUUCAGGGCCCUAGAUCUGGGACCCGCCUUUUAUUAUGCUAAAAAGAUCGAAGACAGAUUUGAAGCCUAUCGCAAAAAUGAUUUCUUGCUGGAACCUCCCAUUAGCCUGAUGCAUUUCCUCGAUUUCGCUAUUGGCGCUACGCAAUGUCUGGAGAUAUUGCAUCAUGGCCAUGGAAUGGUCCAUGGAGAAAUUAGAGCGGAUGCGUUUCAUUUCAACAUGGAGACGAAUAAGGUAAAGCUGAUAUCUUUUGGCUCGGGGGUAAGGUCGUUCGAACACGGGCUCACUAGUACGGGAUGGUCGACACUCUCUAAGGAACUCGGGGCGAAGAACAAAUUGGUCUACAUUAGCCCUGAGCAGACUGGCCGCAUGCCGGCCGAGCCUGAUACGAGGACUGACAUUUACUCAUUAGGUGUAUUAUUUUGGAUGCUCCUAACCCAACAACCCGUUUUUACUGGAGCCACUCCGUUAGAUAUCGUCCAGUGUGUACUAAAUCGUCGCAUCCCGUUGGUGUCGAAUAUUCGAACGGAUGUGCCCGAGGUUCUUGGCCGCAUAAUACAGAAGUGUACAGCCAAGAACAUCUCGGACCGUUAUUACUCGGCGAGUGGCCUUCGUCAUGAUUUGCAAAUGAUCCAGAAACUCCUGGGAAAUGGCGACUGGAAAGCUUUGAAGGAGUGGCAUAUUGCUUCGAGAGAUAUCUCGUCAUUCUUCAUGUUACCUACUGCUAUGAUUGGACGCCGUAAAGAGCACGCCGAACUCGUGAAAAUACUCGAAAGGGUAGCGAGGGGUCAAGCUAUCGCUAGUCUUACAGCAACUAACCGAUAUUCAGACGGUUCCGGCUUAUCAGCCGAGUUCAUCGAUACCGCCGAUGUUUCAAGCGAAGGUGCGAGCUCCGCUGAGGGAGAGAUUCGGCGAAGCGGCUCCUUCACGCAGACCACACUCUCAGAUCCGAAACAAUCGAGAAGCGCCGUUCAAUCUUCAGUUAACGGAAUAGACACGCAAACAGUCUCCGGGUCCAAUGACACGAUAUCCUCAUGUCACACCGCUUCAAAGCUAUCCAAAACGUUAGAGAAGCAUCCGUCUGUAGCCUUUGAGGCUAAGACUAUUUUCGACACUAUUGGUGAGCGCCAGUCUUCCUCGCGCCAUAGCGGCACCGAGACGACUGGCAGUCUUUCAAGGCAGUUAGGUUCGGCAAGGUUCCGAAGGCGGGGCUAUUGCGAGGUUGUUACUAUUGAAGGCGCUGGUGGUCUGGGCAAGAGUUUUCUCGUUCAGCAAGUAUUGGCUGAUGCCAGGCGAAGAGGGUAUUGUGCGACAGCAAAAUUCGACACGGCUAGGAGAACCGCAUUUGGACCGCUAUUGAAACUAGUAUCCUCUCUGUUCAAACAAGUCUGGGGUGAGAGCAACACUGACACGCCUCUCCAUCGAGCUCUUAAAGACUAUGUUCGUCCGAUAUGGCCAAUGCUCCAUAACUUGCUCGGGCUUCCUGAGUUUCUCCUUGGUUCUCAAGACCGAACGUAUAUUUCACCACUGCUGGCACAAGGUCUACCCAAUGGUCGAAUCAACAGAGCCCCGAUGAGUAGGCGUAGCUCAUCCCCCGUGAGUUCUCCGGGGAAACCACGCCCCCAGAGUCCACGCGUCACCUCACAGACCUCUCAGGACUUCCUCCGAGCUGGAGCAGCUACGAAGACGAUUCGCUUAAUGAAUACGUUCUUGGAUAUACUAAGGAUCUUUACAAGUCACCACUUCGUCUGUCUAUGCCUGGAUGAUCUUCAGUUUGCGGACGAUGAGUCUCUGGAGUUGAUUACUCAGGUAGUCUCAGCUCGGUUGAAGAUGGUACUAAUAGUAACUUAUCGACCCGACGAAUUAUCUCCGGACGACGUUCAAAAGAUCAUCCAGCCUGCAGACACCGAAGAACAUCCUAAAUCCGGCGGUCCAAGGGUUACAAGAAUUCGCUUAGCGCCUUUGACUGAAUAUGAGAUUCUACAAUACGUAGCGUCGACAUUGUGCCGACCUCAGGAGGAUGUUGCUAAUCUAGCUCGCGUAAUCCAAUCGAAGACUGCUGGUAAUCCCUUUUACAUGAGAGAAAUGCUAAGUGCCUGCUACCGCAAAAGAUGCAUAUGGUACGACUACAAAAAGAAUAGGUGGGACUUCAACUUGGAUUCGCUCUUCGAACAAUUCAAAGGUGAAGACGACUACGAUGUUUUAAACAACGACUUCAUUACUCGCCGAUUGAGUGAGCUUCCAGCUGCAUCGCGGUCUAUAUUGGCCUGGGCAGCUCUUUUGGGUACUACUUUCUCGUUCGAGCUAAUCUGUCAAUUAUUAAAUGGUUCCUUUGACCCUAUCGAUGACGGCGGCAACGAGCAGAGCGAACCCCUUUACUGUGCCAAGUACUCUAAACAGGACGCAGUUGCAGGGUUACAAGCAGCGAUAAAUGCUUGCAUUAUCGUACAGAGCGAAAGCGACGAUAGAUUCCGGUUUGCACACGACAGAUACGUCCAAGCAGCAGCAUCCUUGAAGGAAUGCAAUACCCCCCAGAUGCAUUUCGCCAUUGCGCAGACGUUACUAAAUCACUACGGAGACGAAGUUAGAGUAAGGGAUAAUACUGCGUCGCAUAUUGCGGAAGCAGUCGAGAUUAUCAAGGACAAGGUCCAUUUUCGCCAACCGUACCGAAAGCACCUGGUGGAAUGCGCUGCAUUGGCGGUGGAGAAUGGUGCAAGGUCGACAGCCGCAAAAUAUUACCACAGCGCCAUAAUGCUCUUACAACCGGAUCCGUGGGCCGAUGGCCCAGACGACGUCGAUUACGAAGAAACACUUAAACUUCACUUGCGCGCUGCUGAGUGCUACAUAUAUAUGGGAAAUCACGCUGCAGCUCAUAACCUUGCGAAUGCUAUUAUUACCGGUGCAAAAAAUGCAGAGGAUAAAGCGCCCGCCUGGCUUCUUCUAGCGCGCGUUCAAGCCCAGAAUGGGAACUCGAUGUCUGCGCUUGCUAUCUUGAAGGAGAGUCUCCAUCAACUGAAAGUCGAACUUGACACGCAUCCCACCUUUGAGAAAUGCGAUACGCUCUUCAUGGAGAUAGCCGCCAAAAUCAAAAGUCUGGAUCGGGGAGAGAUUCUGAGCCCCCUUGGCAAUAUGGAUCCCCACGAACUAACAGUUGGGGCUAUUCUCACGGAAGCUAUCAGUGCUGCCUGGUGGAGUGACUCUCUGGUCUUCUAUAAUCUUGCCCUUGCACAUAUCAAUCGGUACCUGAAAUACGGGCGCUCUCCCCAUUCUAGUGCCGCGUUUCUUUACGUCGCUAUGAUCGCACUAUCCCGGUUUAAUAUGGUAGAAUUCGCCGCAGAGCUCGGUAACCAGUGCUUAGAAAUACUGGAGCGUACUCGGGAUUCAUUUUUCACCGCUCGUGGCUACAUGCUAUAUACCUCCUUUGUCAGCCAUAUCCAUGUUCCUAUUAGUGUUUGUAUAAACCAUUCGGAACUGUCGGUCGAAUGCUCGUCCAGCGCCGGUGAUCGUAUGUCUGUUAUUCUGAGCUAUGGGCUCUCGGCUCAGAUGAGACUUUUUGCAAGCGAGAAUGUUGCUCUUCUCGAAUCGAUUUGCCAAUACUGCUGUGAGGAGGUACCUGGUUGGCACCAAGAUACCAGGGGCGGGACUUACUUGAUAGCGGUCCGGCAGGUUUGCCGCGCGCUUCAGGGUAAGACAGAUACAACUAAAGCACAUACGGUAAUGACGGAUGACCAGCACAAUUCAAAUGCUUACAAAACGUGGCUUGAUAUCCAAACACGAAACGGUGGCCGUUCUGUCCUGAUAUAUGAAACAAAUGAAAUCAUUGUCUUAUACUUGUACGGCCACUAUCAAGAAGCUCAGGAAAUGGGCGAGAGGUGCAUUGACAAGAUAGACCUGCUCUGGUCGUCUCGAAAUACUCGAGCCGUGUUAUUCUUUCAUGGGCUUGCUGUUGCAGGCCUCGUGCAGCGCAAGCUUAACGACCCACGAACCGCUGAUGCCGACCUAGAAAAGGAGGUCCGAGAUACGAUCGUGCAACUUGAAAAUCUGAAUAAAAGGAUCAAAGGUUGGCAAGUCGUUUUAAAUGCGAAUUACCUUGCUUGGUCGAAAUUACUUGACGCUCAGAUUGAGGAGUUGCGCGGUGAUCACGGCACUGCUAUACGCCAUUAUGAAACUGCAUUAGAUCAUGCUUCCGAGUACAGCCUACUUUUCGAGGAGGCCCUUGGGAAUUUCUUGAUGGCCGGCUUUUUCGUCAGGCGGUCGGCGAGAAGGUCAGCAACGGCGGCCUUGAAGGAGUCUGUUGCGCUCUGGCGACAAUUAGGAGCGAUCGGAAUUGCUCAACGUAUCGAGGAAGACCACAGCUUCCUCCUCCAUAGUCCUAUCCGCUACGCAAGAACAGCCGAGGUUGCUGUACAGACGGAUUUUGCUGGGGAUUCUGCCUCUGUCACAUAUGCCACAGACGGCGAUGAUCCGCAGUCUGUGCAAACUGUCAACGAAGAGACGAAAGAAACCAGAAUGGCCGCAUGGCGCGGUUCGACGCAGCCUGAAGCUGGUGCCGGCUUGCCAGCUCUCGAUAUGAUAGAUCUUCAUGCUAUACUUGUUUCAUCCCAAGUUAUCUCCUCCGUCUUACAGGUUGACGUCUUACUUAAGACAAUGUGCGAUGUUAUCCUCCAAACCUGCGGGGGAUCCGCAACUCAAGCAGCAAUUAUUGUUCAAGACGAAGACGACGCGAAAGAUAAUUGGUGUAUCGCAGCCAGUGGUGAUUCGGAAAAAGGAGCCACGGCCCAUCUCCCUGGACAGCCACUGAUUGGCACAUCGUUGGUCGCCGAGAACGUAGUUCUGUACUGCGCCCGAUUUCGUGAAGUUGUCUUCAUCCCUGAUCUAAUUGGCGAUGAGAGGUUUGGGAAGGUUAGCGACUCCUGGGCGCAAGGAAAUUCCCUUAGCAAAGCCAUCAUCGCAAUACCCAUCUGUCACGGGGCGAAGCCACUUCUUGGCGUUCUUUACCUGGAGGGCGAGCCAGAUUCUUUUACGGAUAGGAACGUCACCGUGCUACAGUUACUCGUAAAUCAGAUUGGGAUUAGUUAUUCUAACGCCCUUUCAAUAAAGGCGAUAGAGAAAGUAUCCUCUGAGAACGAAGCGAUGGUCCGAAUACAAAAGCAAGCAGUUGCGAAGGCGAAACACGCAGAAGCGGAAGCCAAACGGAAUGUCAAGAUUGCCGAGGAAGCAGCCAAAGCCAAGAGCAUUUUCCUUGCCAACGUGUCCCAUGAACUACGCACCCCGUUGAACGGCGUGAUUGGCAAUUCCGAACUCUUAAGGGACAGCAAUCUUAAUAAAGAGCAGCUCGAAAUGGCGGAUUCUAUCCGGGUAUCUGCGGAUCUCUUACUUACGGUCAUCAAUGACAUUCUCGACUUCUCCAAAAUGGAAGCCGACAAGAUGAAGCUUUACAUUACUGCGUUUAAUCCAGAAGAGAUGGUGCGUGAGGUUGUAAGGGCCGCCUCUUAUAGCAAUCGAGAGAAGACGUCCAAGAAAAACGUUAAGAUUAUUCAAGAUAUCAACCUACCACCAAUGCUCAUUUAUGGCGAUCCUAUCCGCUUGCACCAAGUCCUUGGUAACCUCAUUAGCAACAGUCUCAAGUUCACAGAAGAUGGCUCCAUCACAAUCGGUGCUAAGGUUGAGUUUAAUACUCUUGAGAAGGCGAAGUUGACAUUUUGGGUGGAGGAUACUGGUAUCGGUAUUCCGCAGGAUCAGCUAAAGAAGCUCUUCAGGCCAUUUAGCCAAGCUGAUGCCAGCACUGCCCGCAAAUACGGUGGUAGCGGGCUUGGACUCAGCAUUUGCAAGUCGCUCAUCGAGAAUAUGAUGAAGGGCGAGAUCUCACUUGAAAGCAGAGAAAAUGAAGGCACAAGGGCUUCAUUCACAGUAACGUUCGAUAAGGCGAAGCCGCAUGUGUCCGCAGGAGAAGCUCGACCAGUUCCAACACCCCCCGUUACCGAUAUAAAACACAAUGCCCCUCAACGAGCUCCCAGUCAUUCUCUAAUGAGCCCAGUUGUAGAUCUAGCUCGAAUUCCCAAAGAUCAAAUACGUAUCUGCAUCGCAGAGGAUAAUCUUAUCAACCAGAAGAUCGCCAUCAAGUUUGUGCAUAAACUAGGAUACACCAAGGUCGAUGCUUAUGAGAACGGAUUCAAGGCGGUAGAAGGUUUGCGACAACAAGCCAUGGCGGGUGAUCCUUAUCACAUCGUCUUAAUGGAUGUUCAAAUGCCCGUUCUUGACGGCUACGAAGCUACCGCGAUAAUUCGUAAGGAUCCUAUCGAGGAAGUUAGGAAAGUUUUGGUCAUAGCCAUGACGGCUUCCGCAAUCCAAGGUGAUCGAGAAAGGUGCCUGGCGUCAGGCAUGAAUGACUAUCUUGCUAAACCAGUCAAGGCAGGCUUGCUCAAGAGGAAGCUAGAUACAUAUACCACAGGAACCAUACAACCACCAACCCCGCCUGCGAGACACCAGUCAGAUCCUCUUGGGCGGUUCAAAAGUCAGGAUUCCUCGGAUGGCAACUCUACUCCUGUUCCCAGCUCGCCCUUGACCAAUGACUUUACAAUGAGCGGGUCACCACCUCUUGUCAUACCGAUGAGGGAGAAUAUUGAUUACUCGUAUUCUACUGAUACAUCGAAUGGGAAAAUGUCACCAGACCAAUAUUCUCCAAUAGAGAGCGCAAACGUCUCCCCCACGCAGCAAACAGCGAAACGCCAGCCGCGGAAGUUGACGAAACCUCGGAGUCUUAGCGACGCCGAGACCACCACUGAUGAGAAACCGAGGGUGGUCCUUACUAAGAAGAACCCGAGGCAAAACAAUUCAUCCGCGUUAGAUAGCGAUACGGGUCAUGAGAAUGGAUUAUCAAGCUAACGAUAGGGGUUACAGUAAACCAGAGAUUUGAUGCUAGCAAACAUACGCUUCUGGAUCACUCAAAAUAUGGCCCAGGUGUCUGUCUAUCCUAGUUUCUAGUCUUUUGUUUCUUGUUCACAUGAAUGGUUCCUAGGAUUUCCAUCUUCUAUCAUGUACGUUGGGUUGUCCUAAUCCAAGGUAAACAAAAUAAUGGGCCGGGUGAUUUGGCACCGGAAUCUGGAGCAUAUAACGGAUUUUCUUUUUUUUUCUUCCUUUUUUUUGCUAAUUCGAUUUGGAUUUGUCAUAUGGGCAUGGCGAUAGCGAUGGUAAUGGCGAUGGCAAUUACCGAGCCUGUUUGCGAGAGUUGAACAUUGCUGAACGAAGAAGC